AUGACAGAUACUAUUUCAUCUGUAGAAGAAACCAGUGUUAACGGUGAUAUUGUUACAAAAAUGAAUCCUUAUCAUACAAUUACAACAACGACAACAGUGGAUAGAACUGAUCAUGCUGAUGAAGAUAAUCAUAUGACAACUAUAAGUCAAUCAAUAGCAUCAAAUGAACUAGAAAAGCAAAUUAUUCGACAAAUUGAAUAUUAUUUUAGUGAUGUUAAUAUGACUCGUGAUAGAUUUCUUAAAAAUGAACUUUGUAAAGAUGAUGGUUGGAUACCAUUGUCUAUGUUAACAACAUUUAAACGUCUUCAAUCGUUAACAACAGAUUUUAAAAUUAUAAUGAAUUCAUUAAAAAAAUCUCUGUCUGGUCUUUUACAAUUAGAUGAUAUAGAAAAUAAAAUUCGUCGUCAUCCAGAUCGUCCAUUGCCAAAGAGUCAAGCUGAACUUGAAUUAACUUUACAAAAUCGUACUGUUUAUGUUCAAGGUUUUCCAAAAACAGCAGAUGUUACAUUAGAUAAAUUACUUCAUUUUUUUGAAAAAUAUGGUUCAACAGAUAAUAUACAAAUGAAGAAACAAUUUAAAACAAAAGAUUUUAAUGGUUCUGCCUAUGUUGUUUUUCCAAGUGAAGAAAAAGCUCGUGAAUUUUUGGAAAUUUCAAAACAAACACCAAUUAAAUAUGAAGAUGGUUCAAUUUUAGAAUGUUCUUUACAAACUGAACCUAUUCAUGAGAUUUCAUCUCGUGAUAAAGAAAAACAAAUAAAGAAAGAAAAGAAACAAGAAGAAUUCGAACAAAAAACGAAUGAACAUUUAGAAAAAUUAAACAGUGAACAUCUUCCUGGUGCUGUUAUUCAUCUUGCUGGUAUGGCUGCUGAUGCAUCACGUGAGUUAAUUAAAGAAAAAUUCAAUCCUUUUACAAAACUACCAUGGAUUGAUUUUAAUAGAGGUGAUGCUGAGGCAUGGGUACGACUGAAUGAAGCAAAUACAGCAAAAGAUGUUUUAGAAAAAGUUUUAGAAGCUGGAAAUGGAAAAUUAACUAUUGGAAGUAAUGAUGUUACUAGUCGUGUUAUUGAAGGUGACGAAGAAACUCAGUUUUGGAAAGAAGCUAAUGAAAAACGAGCAACACAACGAGCACGAAAAAAUGAAAGAUAUGCUAAUGGUGGAAGACGAAGUGGAUUUCGCAAACGAGAUGGUCGUGGUGACGGAAAACGAAAACGUGGUCUAAAUCAAAAUGAUGAACCAUCAUCACUGAAAAAAAUAAAGGGUGAAUCUGAUGAUUAG